UCCGAAGCCACCCAAGAAGAGCACCUGCAUCGGCUUCUGCCUGCCUGGCGAAGGGCUGGCGCGGGCUACGGACAGAGCCCAGAAGCCACCACACUUGAGGGCUUAGAAGCCGCCCCAAGGAAAGGCAGAGCUCCGGGGGCUCUGGGCACCUUCGGAAGCCGCCCCUGCUUCGCCACACACAGCGCCACGCCGGGCCAGCCAUGCCUCACAACUCCAUCCGCUCAGGACAUGGAGGACUGAACCAGCUGGGCGGGGCCUUUGUGAAUGGCCGGCCUCUGCCGGAAGUGGUUCGGCAACGCAUCGUGGACUUGGCACACCAGGGCGUGCGGCCCUGCGACAUCUCCCGCCAGCUGCGUGUCAGCCAUGGGUGUGUCAGCAAAAUCCUUGGCAGGUACUAUGAAACUGGCAGUAUACGCCCAGGUGUGAUUGGGGGCUCCAAGCCCAAAGUGGCAACACCCAAAGUGGUGGAGAAGAUUGGGGACUACAAGCGGCAGAAUCCCACCAUGUUUGCCUGGGAAAUCCGGGACCGCCUCAUGGCAGAGGGUGUUUGUGACAGUGACACUGUUCCCAGUGUGAGCUCCAUCAACAGGAUCAUCCGGACAAAGGUGCAGCAGCCAUUCAACCUUCCCAUGGAUAGCUGUGUGGUGUCUAAAACCCUGAGCCCAGGCCACAACCUCAUCCCCAGCUCAGCUGUGACUCCCCCAGAAUCCCCCCAGUCGGACUCUCUGGGCUCCACGUAUUCCAUCAACGGUCUUUUGGGGAUUGCUUCACCCGGCAGUGACAACAAGAGGAAGAUCAAUGACAGUGACCAAGAAAGCUGCCGGCUCAGCACAGACUCCCAGGGAAGCAGCAGCACUGGGCCCUCACACAAGCACCUGCGCAGCGACCCCUACGGGGGGCAGCACCUCCUCCUCGAGUGCCCCUUUGAACGACAGCACUUCCCUGAGGCCUACACAUCCCCCAGCCAUGCCAAGGGAGAGCAGGAAGCGACUACUCUGGGAAUGCCUACAGCCACGCCCCUUACUCCAGCUAUGGGGAGACGUGGCGCUUCCCCAACUCCGGCCUACUGAGUUCUCCGUAUUAUUACAGUUCGCCCUCCCGGGGCCCAGUUCCCUCCACCACCGCCACCACCUAUGACCACCUCUAGAUGACCCGCCCAGUGGCAGACAGAGCCAAGGGCAGCCCGAGUGAGUCGGAAGAGGCCAGCUGUCUUCAUUGCCCAGAGAAACUGACUGUGGCCGGAUGCCGGGGGCCUGGCUUGGGGCCGGGGUGGAGAAAUGCCCAGCGCAGGCCCAGGAAGCGGAGCCAGCAGCUACCCCGGAUAUUUGCAUGGAGGUGCCAGCCACGCCACUCCCACUGGGGCGGGAAAGGAGGGGGCAGCAGAGGCACGGCUGGUGGUGAACAGAGGGAGGAGGAGCAGCAGCAGGCUGGAGGGCGGCGUGGUGGGGGAGGAGGUGUGGGGCAGUGGGAAGGGCGGAGCAGGCUAGCGUGGCCCCUGGCUGCCGAAGGAAGGGUUGAGGCAGCCGCUUGACAAGAGGACAUGAAGUGCCCUGUGCCCACUUCCAGAGGGGCCGCUGUGUUCGCCUUCUCCUUCCAGGACAGCGGGAGGUGUGUGUGGGUCUUGGGAAGAACUGGGGGUCUGCAAGAUGUCCAGCGAGUGAUAUGGAGCGAGGGGCAGGGAUGGUCUCCUCCUCUCCAAGAAGCGGUAGCCUUUCCAUGCCAUCUGCAUUCUGGGUGCCGCUUCCUGGGUGCUUCCCUCUUCCUGCUGCUGCUGCUGCCCACAUCUGCCCUCACCCCUUGACUGCAGCUCCAGGUCACAGCGCGCGCGCACACACACACACACACACACACACACACACACCCCGCUUAGGGUCCUGCUGCCUCCAGCUUUAUUUCAGUCGCAUUGGAAACGGCAAGAAAGGGAGGCACAAGCACAGCCUUGCAGCCUGGGCGGGGGGCGGGGGGGCAGCUUCUGGGGGUGGACAGCAGCAGGCAGUUUGGGCUGGUAGCUGAGAAGAGGGGAGGGCAGGGCAGCAGAGGGGCCAAGCCCCUUCCUGGCUAGUAUGGUGGGGGGCUCAACAGGCAGAGCAGGACACCAGGUGGGGGGCUGCUCAGCAUCCCACCUUCACAUCCCCGUUUCUUGCUGAGCAACUGGCACCUUGCCUCCUCGGUGGGCCUCUGAAUCAGCGGCAGUGUGUGCCUGCAGACCCUGCCUGGCUUCUCCUCUCUUCUCGGUCACUUCCUCCUCCCUCGGCUUGCUUUCCCUCAUCCUCACUGACUGGCUGCCACAAUCCAGAGCCUCAUCCUGCCAGGUGCAAAAGGCCCUUGCCUCCCUUUCAAGGCUCAGCGUGCCUGCAGGCGGGGGUUGCUGACCCCAGGGGCGCUCUUCCCUUGCUCAGUGGCAGGCAGGGCAGAUGCAGGCCUGCCUCUGCUUCCAGACACUCCACCCCCUUGGAACUGGGCAGGGCUCUCCUUCUGGCCUCCAACGGGCUGCGGUAUCCCCUCUGUCCUGGGAAGGCUCCUGUGUCUGUAUUAAAUGCACACCAAACCUGUCCUCCUGGAGUCCUACUGCUGGGCCCCAGAGCAGUGAGUAGUGAAGCUAGCGGGGACCACUGCCCUUCGUUGCUUGUGGGAGGCAGGCAGGGGAUCUCCAUCUUCCUCACUUUUUGGCCAAAGAAGGCAGGAAGAAGAGGAGGAGGAGGAGGAGCCAGCCAGAGCCAGCUGAGUGAUGAAGGCUGCAGGUCCCUGCAGGUUCCAGCCGAAAGGAUCUCCGGUCUAGCAGGUCCGGGCAUGGAAAGUUGCUGCCAGGCCAAGUCGACAGCGCCAGGCUAGAUGGCCUGACCGACUGACUCUGCUCCAGACUGCUCCAUGUAUAUGCAGCCGGCCAGCUGUCUCCACUGCAGCAGAGAAGACCGUGCGAUAAGACCAGCCCACACCUGAAGAGGGGCCACAGCGGAGCGGCAGCGUGGCUUUGCAGGCAUGCGGACGGUCCCAGGUUCGAUUUCCAGCUAGAAGGAUCGGGAGCUGGGCAAGACCUCGAGCUUCCAUGCCUGGAGAGCCACUGCCAGUCAGAGCAGAGAUGCCUGGGCUGGGAGGGUCUGGCUCUGCAGAAGGGAGCUUCCCAAGUUCACCUUCCACUGCCUUGGGGGCUUCCCUCUCCCACAAUGCACCUUCCGCAGGGGAGUGAGCAAGGUGCCAGCCAGGAAGGGUUAGGGUUAGGGUGCCCCGGCCGCCCCACCCCACAGCAGGUCAGCAGGUGUGGUGGCAAAGGAGGUGAUCUCUGGAAACCUCUGCAGCUCUGGGCUUUUAUUUUCAAAAGCCAUCGUUUGCCCCAAUGCUUGUGGAAAUAACCUUGAAAAUGUAACUUCUAAUGAUCCAGCCAUUAAAAGAGACCAGAAUUCCACGUCACAGAAA